ACCUAAUUGGGGGAGGGGAGGAGAGGAUUUAUUGAAUAUUUUUCAAAUUUUGAUUUUAAUAAUUUUUGGCUUUCUGAAUUCAAAGUAUUUUGAUCAGUUUAUUUAAUUGGUCUUUUUAAUACCCCUUUUAAAAACUACAGCAUCACGGAGGAAACUUCAUUUGGGUUGUGAGAAUAGGGAUUUAAGGGGAAAAAGUAGUACUCUAGGGUCUAACAGGGCGAAAGGAUACUUUGUCAUGUGAAAUUUUUCUUGGAUUGGUCCUGAGAUAGAGUAAAGCAAAAAGCUGAUUCCUGUGGGUUGUGACAGAGCAGUGGAUUGACCUUGUUUAUUCACUUGGAUCAUUUGCCCUUUGUGUCACAGGGCCCCAGAUGGGUCCCAGGUAGUGAAAUAUUAGCUUAUCUAAUUUGUAUCCUUUCACACUCCUUAAACACAUAUCCAAGGCAACAGGAAAAAAAUGCGGUGCCUGUAUUAGAAUAAAAUUUAGGGCCUGGUUUGGUGACAGGCACCAGUACUUUCAGCUACUCUGGCGGCUGAGGCAGGAGGAUUGCUUGAGCCUAGGAGUUCUAGGCUAUAGUGCAUGAUGAUGAUUUUACUGGCAUACAGAUGAAAAAGAAAAAUGUAUUUGAAAUAAAAAUAAAAAUAUAGCGCACAAUGAUGUUGCUAUGCUGCCUAGGCUAUAGUGCACUCCAGCCUAGGCAGCAUAGCAAGAUGCCAUCUCUCAUAAGAAACUUUACUAGAAUGAAACUUUUUUAUUACAUAGAUGUUGCUUAUUCAUUGUAGAAAAAAUCGAAUUACAGAUGAUUUUUAAAACUACCAGAGCAAACCAUUUAACCUAUUUGUGUACAUACUCCCAGAUUUCUUAAACAUGUUGCAAAAAAAAUAAAUCGUACCAUUCUGGUGGUUUUCUAAGCUGCUUUUUAUACGUAAUGUAUUGUGAGCAUCUUUUCAUGGCCAUAACUAUUACAUACAAAAGAAAAAAAAAAAAAACAGCACAAAAAAUACUUAAAAGACAUUUUGACCAGAAACUAAUGAGGAAGGGUUUUUUGGUUUUGUUUUUGCGAUUUUGUUUUUGUACCUCCUGUAUAAUGCUGAACUUGGUACUUCUGCAGUAAAUAUUAACAUUUUCUGAGGAUCUGCUGAAGAUGAACAUGACAACAAAUAAGAAACUCCACUUUCCUCAUCACACAGCCUUAAUUAACAUCGCUGGCUUUGUUUGAGAUCAAGCAAACGUUGACUUCAGUGUCCGAGUCUCUUCUUGGGGUCCCACGGCCUUGGGUCUAGCACCUCUGCUGGACACCUCGUAGGGCUUCCGAGACGUGCCGCGACCCACGGGACCCCACGAAAGCUUUUUCCCACGGCAAGCUCCCUGGGGACGGGGAAAGGAGCCGGGACCCGAACCUAGCUGGCCUAGCGCUGCGACUGCGGAGAGAAGGGCGGUGGCCCGCACGGGGCGGGCGGCUCUGCACACUGCAGCUGGGGAGGUCCAGGUCGGCCGCUGGGGCGGGGUGGCGGCUCAGUGUUGUUGGGUCCCUAUGGAGAUGACCCCGUCCCUGCCCCACCCCUCUCCGGAGCUGCGGGCCGGAGAGGGCGCACUCGAUUUUCACUGCACGGUUUCAAGAGGAGACAGCCGCCACCAUGCCGGGCCUCAUGGCCACUUCCCAGAGAGUGACUCACGGAAUUCAAGGAAACACUUUACUUAUGUUUGCCCAUUUACUAUAGAGGAUAUUACAAAGGACACAGAUGAAUAGCCAGAUGGAAGAGAUGCCCAGAGAAAGGUGAUCUUAAUUGCACACCUAUUGAAAUAAACCUGUAGUUUCCAGAAGUGGAAGAAAAUUUGCUGAGACGUCAGCUGAGGAUUCUUCCUGGAGAACUCCAGAAAUGGAGAGCUUCCACACAAGAUUUAGUGCCUGGACACCUUUUAGCAACAAGUCAUUAAAUAGACAGCUCUUUCAGGAAAGAGUGGCUCUUAUAAGUCAUUGGUUUGACCUCUGGACUAACAAGCAACGUCAAGAAUUCUUAUUCGCGAUUUUUUUAAGAUGCACUAAAUCACAGUUAAGGUUUGUCCAAGACUGGUUUUCAGAAAGGAUGCAAGUGGCCAAAGUGGAUUUCUCUACAGUGUUACCACGCUUCAUUUCUCUAUAUAUCUUUUCCUUUCUGAGUUCGAAAGAUUUGUGUGCAGCUGCCCAAGUCAGCUGGUCCUGGAAGUUUUUAACUGAACAGGAUUGCUUAUGGAUGCCCAAAUGCGUUAAGUUCGGGUGGUUUCUGCCCUAUACUCCAACAGAUAAUGAGUAUGGUGCUUGGAAGCGCCAUUACGUUGCCUGUGUGUCCCACUUAGACUGGCUGACACCUAGGGAGGCUGCUGCUACUUAUGGGACGCUGAAUGAACCCAAAACAGAAGAUGAGGAACUACUGGAGAGACAAAGAGAAAAGUACUUGAGGAAAAGAAUUUGGGAGGAAAUUGCACUACGUAACAAGGAGUUAUUCAAAGUUAGACCCCCUUGGGUUAGUGGAACUUGCUGCUCUAGCGUGCUAAAGCCCAGACGCCAACCACGCCUCUCCCAGACUGUAAGGGAGCGAGUGGGUUCACAUGAAGCUUUGGAGAAACAGCUUGUUUUGACAUCUUUAGAAAUCUUGCCCAAGCGAAGCAAUAUUUCUGGAAGCCAUUCCUACCCUUUAUUAUCAAAGAAAUAUCAGCAUGGAGUUCAUAAAAAUGAUGACAGCUCUUCAUAUGCUCUCCGGCCACACUUCAUAUUAAUAUCAUCCCGGAUUCCUGCGUAUGAGAUGGUAGUGGAGAGCGUGAAGGCUGGUGUCGUUUCUGUGGUAUAUGAACACAGCGUAACCCUGGAGAGCCUGCUGUAUCUGAUAGAAAAAGCUCUGGACGGGAGGAAGGCACAGAGCAUGGGAAUAUUUAGCGAUGGAGAUAGCAGAGAAAUCAAUUUACUCCAAGGCUAUAAAAUUGGUGUUAAAAAUUUACUGAGGCCUGAAGUGAGAGAUUUCUGGGAGAAAUUAGGAAGCUAUGUGGCCACUGAAGAAGAAGGGGGUCACGUGGACCUCUUCGUGCCCCUUGGAGCAUCAGAGGCAGGAACUGAAGUUCUUUCCCAGCUGUCUCAACUAACUGGCACAUUCUUUACGGCCCCCACUGGGAUUGCAACUGGCUCUUACCAGCACAUUCUUAGUGAUUGGCUGGGAUCCCAAUGGGGAAAGGCCCCCUCUUCCAUCUACUUCUGCGAAGCAAAGCUACAGACAUGGUCCAGCUUCGCAGACUUCCUAGAAGAAACCUUGAAAACAGUAAGGAAGCAGCUGUAUCCUCUCUUCAAGGAACUGCAGAAGAGCAUCAGUGGCAGGAUGAUAGGGCAGUUUAUGUUUGACACCAUGGGUAUGACCAACAUUCUGAACAACCAAGAGACUGCACAAGCUCUGGCAGAUAGAUUGAUGGAGUUGUCAAAAGAAGAUUCUGAAAGAAGUGUUGUAGAAGACAAUUCUUGGGACACAAAGUCCAGGUUCAGCAAAAAUGAUUUAAAUUUUGAAGCACUGAUUAAUCUGGAGAGAAUACUCCAGAAGGAUUCAGCAGAAAAGCGAACUAGAGUUGUCAGGGAACUCUUACAGAGUGAGAGAAAAUACGUGCAGAUGCUGGAAAUUGUGAGAGAUGUUUAUUUCGCACCACUGAAAGCAGCACUGUCAUCAAACAGAGCAAUUCUGAGUGCUGCCAAUAUCCAGAUCCUUUUCUCUGAUAUUCUACAGAUUUUAAGUCUUAACAGGCAGUUUCUAGAUAACCUGAGAGACAGACUACAGGAAUGGGGCCCAGCUCACUGUGUGGGAGAAAUAGUCACGAAGUUUGGAAGCCAGUUGAACACAUAUACCAAUUUCUUCAACAAUUACCCUGUCAUUCUGAAAACUAUUGAGAAGUGCAGAGAAAUGAUACCAGCAUUCCGAACUUUCCUGAAGAGGCAUGAUAAGACCAUUGUUACCAAAAUGCUGAGCCUGCCGGAGCUGCUGUUGUACCCAUCCCGAAGAUUUGAAGAAUAUCUUAAUCUUCUCUACGCUGUCAGGCUUCAUACCCCUGCAGAGCAUGUUGACCGUGGGGACUUGACCACUGCAAUUGACCAAAUCAAAAAAUAUAAAAGUUAUAUAGAUCAGAUGAAGCAAAACAUCAAUAUGAAGGAUCAUCUGUCAGAUAUACAGAGAAUCAUCUGGGGAUGCCCUACUCUAUCAGAAGUAAACAGAUAUCUAAUUAGGGUACAAGAUGUAGCCCAACUUCAUUGCUGUGAUGAAGAAAUAAGUUUCUCUCUAAGGCUCUAUGAACACAUCCAUGAUCUCAGCCUUUUCCUCUUCAAUGAUGCACUGCUCGUUUCUAGUCGGGGCACAUCUCAUACUCCAUUUGAGAGGACUUCAAAAACAACCUACCAGUUCAUUGCAUCAGUGGCCCUUCAUCGGUUACUCAUAGAAAAUAUUCCAGAUUCCAAGUAUGUCAAGAAUGCAUUUAUUCUUCAAGGUCCAAAAUAUAAAUGGAUUUGUGCUACAGAAGUAGAGGAUGAGAAGUUCCUAUGGCUGUCAGUACUUAGAAAUGCAAUCAAAAGCAGUAUGGAGAAGUGAGACCAAACUUGAAAACUUCAAGGGUGCCAAUUCUCCCCAGCAAAGACAGACAACAUGUAUUUUCUGUUCCAAAAUAUCCAGUAAGAAACAGAGUAACUGUCAUGGAUGAUGAGAUAAACUAAGAUGACCCAUAGGAUCUUUCCAACUUUUAAACUUUAUCAUUUGUGCUCACUUAUGUAGAAUGUGUAAGUACAUUUUGAGUUCAAAAUUUUCAAUUACUUCUUUUAGUAGCUAUAUUUCAUGGAUAAUAUUAUUUGGAGUAAUGUGAUGUGAUGAAACCUAAGACAGAGCAAACACAUUGUGUAAAGCUUUGUUUUAUGAUCUAAUACAAAAAGCAGAAUGAAAGUUUUCUUAAGUGAUCAGUCUAGAAAAAUAUUUUAAUUUGUUGGUGAUUUACCAUUUUUAACAUAUUCAUGAAACAAUUAUUGAUUUAAAAUAUGGAUAAGAGGGCUGUGCAUGGUGCCUCACGUCUGUAAUCCCAGCACUUUGGGAGGCCGAGGCAGCAUAUCACCUGGGGUCAGGAGUUUGAGACCAGCCUCACCAACAUGGAGAAACCCCGUCUCUACUAAAAAUACAAAAUUAGCCAGGCAUGGUGGCACACACUUAUAGUCCCAGCUACUUGUGAGGCUGAGGCAGGAGAAGAAUCACUUGUACCCAGGAGGUGGAGGUUGCAGUGAGCUGAGAUGGCUCCACUGAACUCCAGCCUGGGUGACAAGAGCAAACCUCUGUCUCAAAAAAAAGAAAAAAAAAAAAAGACAAGAAAUACAAAGGACAAUUUACUCAAAAACUUGUCAUACAUAUACGGAUGUACUCCUCUAGACAGCAUUAAAGAUAUACUGCUUCCAAGUGCUAAAAAAGUUUUCUAUAAUUUUUAAGUGUUAUUUAUUGCAAGGCUAAACUCUAAGAAGCUUUAAAAAUAUUUUUGACAUUGUUUAAAUUAGAAGGCUAUUGUUAAAAAGCAAAUUUUAAAGAACAAAAAUAAAUGGAAACAGCAAAAGUUGCUUGUAAUGAAAUGCAGCUAAGUAAAACUGUUUCUUUUAAAACAAAGACACUGAAAAAUAGGUGUUGAGUAGUUUCCUGGGCCUUUAAUGCUUUAAUCUGAUUAUUUAACAACUAAAGCCAUACCGAUGGCCACUUGGAAACUUUAGCUGAUGUAUAUUCUUACCUAGAUAUCGCUAGGUAAAAAUUAUAUUAAUCUUGGAAGCUUGAGGUUGUCAGUUUUCCUUGUUCUUCAUAUUCUUGUUUAUGGUAACAAAAUCUAUCGGUACAGUUUAGGAUGGUGAAUCUAUAGUAUUUAAACAAUUUUUCUUUCAGAAAUGAAUAUACAAAACCUUCUAUUUCUUAAAACUUUAAAUUGUUGUUAAAAAGAUGAGCAAAAGUUAAAAUAUUAUGCUGUUUUAUUGGUGUAAAACCACACUUCUGAUUCUGCCAAGAUAUAUCCAUGCAGUUUAACAACUAUGAUCCUAUAGACAGAAUAACUCUUAAAGGGAAUAUCUGCUGUUAGCAAUGGAUCAAAAUGUAUAUAUCAUAUAAUAUUAAACAAAAUCUAAAACAGCAUAUUGUCCUGAAUAAGGCACACUCCAGAAACUCAUUAAUAGGAAAAACUUGUUUGUAUAGCAAAAGAAUGAGUGGCAAGAUGGCUAAAGGUAAACUAGAAAUCUUAAGGAAUUUCCCUUUAUUUUGUGAAUAACUGAUAUCCUCAGAAGUUUUAAAACAAUACUUAAAAAAAUUAACAAAGGCCAUUACUCAUACCUAUUUC